UCAUUCUUGCUACAUUAUCACUUCUUUCGCAUUUGAAAAGUAUCCUCCACUCAAAUUUCAUCAUCAACUUGCUCCUCUUGUUAUUCAUUUGCAAUUGUCACCAACAAUUCUUACUUAGCUCUUACUACCUAACAACGAUGAAGAAAGUUGUGUUGAAGGUAGAUUUUUAUAAUGAUAAAAUCAAGCAAAAAAUGAUGAAGACAGCAUCUGGCCUUUUAGGGGUUGAAUCAGUAUCAAUAGAGUUGAAAGAAAAUAAAUUAACAUUAUUAGGAGAUAUUGAUCCGGUAAAGGCAGUGUCGAAAUUAAGAAAAGUGUGUCAAACAAAUAUAAUUUCAGUUGGACCUUUAGAAGAAGACAAGAAGUCAACUGAUGUAGCUACUACUCUCAACUCCUUUGAACCAUAUCCUUUCUAUUAUCAUAUGCAACCACCAUAUUAUAUUCAAGGUUACUAUAUUUGAUGUGUAUAAAAAAUAUGUGAGAUGUUUAAUCUUGUCAUUUUAAAGUCUCGAAUUUAAAUCUCCUUAAAAACAUUUAUAAAUUAGUUAUUUGUAUCACUUUGAUGAAUAAUUUAUUUAUUUUUUUUUUAAUAAAAAAUGUGUUUAAGAAGAAGAGGAUCCUAAUAGUCUACUCAAUUCAAAAGGAAUAUAGAUUUUGUUUAAAUA